AUGGCAAGCCUACCAAUUCUUGCAAUUGUGUCGUCUCUUGUUGAGCAUGUUGAUUCAACAGUCGUGCGAUCGGUUGAUAAUGUACUAAAGAUGAUUGGUUUCCCACUGCCGAUUGCUGCACUUGCUGACAUUGUAAUGAUGACUGGUGUAACUUUAUCAUUGAUUGCUCAACUUGCCGAUGCACUCUUAAUGACGAUUGCAACUCUUGAAGUGACGCACGUAACUGCCGCAUCCAUUCAGACUCUACCAAUAAUAGUUGUUGCACUUGCUGGAUUUGUGCCACCUUUUGUUGCUCUUGUUGAGCUUGUACAUGUGGUUGUUGGAUCGGUGCUACAGAUGGACCGACUUGCUCAGAUUGCACUAGAGAUGGUUGAAUCUAUUGAAGUCGCCCUAAUGGCUAUUGUGCCUGCAACAAUGGCUAUAACGGCAUCUCAUUCAACUGCGUUGCUAUCUAAUCGAUCGGUUGAGACUCCGCUGAUGAUGAUUGUGACUGCUUUAGAGGAGAAGACCAUGUUGGUGAUGACUGAGUUGGCGCCAAUGAUAAGUGAACAUGUUGAGAUUCUAGCGACAAUGAUUCAAACUGUUGAGUAUGUUCCCACAAUCGAUUCAGACUCACCUCUGUGGACUCUAUCCAUUGCUAAAGUUGCAACUGCGUUUGAGACUGGACUGACUGUGAAAUCUCAUGAACCGAUUGAGACUCCAUUGGUAGUGAAUAAAAUGGUUGGAUCUCUGCCGAGGAUUGCUGCUGAACUGAUUCUAGAGACUGUGUCAGUGGCUAAACCCGUCGGAUCAGUCCGGAUGGCAACUGAAUAUCCUGAUACUCCAUCGGCAAUGAAUAUGGUUGGUGGACAUGUGCCGAUGUAG